AUGGAUGAAAAGCCGCCAAGGCCUACGGCGGCUAUAACACGUCGUAAGCGCAACAGACUUCGAAAAUCUUGUCAUCCAUGUCGCCUCCGGAAAUCAAAAUGCGAUGGAACUCGGCCUUCUUGCCUUACAUGUUUGAGUAGAGGCCAGCCUAAUUUGUGUACAUAUGAGCAAACUCAACCUGGACAACCUAAGAAAACAUCAAUCCGAAAUAUACCUUCUCUACCUUCGAAGAACAAGGUUAAUCUUGAAAGUCCACCCACUGGAACGCCUGGUGGAACUCUUAUAGGAUCGGUCCCGAAUCUCACUCCUCAUGUCUCCUCAAAAUCAUGGUCGCCAGAGAGCAUUCAUAGAGAAAGCGAGAUACCUAUCUCUAGCGAGAAUCCUCAGCCACUCGAAAAGUCCAUCCGACAAAAUGAAUCCAUAUUCGGGCCACCCUCGACUCAUUCAUUCAUAAGCCGAGUUGCUGCUACGAUAGAGCCAGUCAACAAGAAACCAGCGCCGCCUAGUAACUUGUUCUCGGGAAAGCCAUAUCUCAAUGACCCAAUUGGAUUUACAGUCUCGAAUACUAAUGAUGUUUCCAUGGACAUUGAUGCUCUUCUGCUACCUGAAAAAAAAUUGGCGGACUCUCUUAUGAACACGUAUCGGCGGUUCUCAUUUCCCAUAUUUCCCGUAUUACACUGGCCUAGCUUCAUGGAGAAAUAUGAUAAUCUCUGGAGGUCUACCGAGUCCUUUUCACUGUCAAAGUAUACGGGCAACGAUAUGCUCCUACUCUCCAUAGUCAAUGUUGUCUUAGCCAUUGGCUGCCAGCGAUCUGAACACUGUCCAGCCGAAUGGAGAACGCGAGAUGCCGAAUCAUUGUAUAGGCGGUCGGUUCGCUUGGUAUCAGCUGAAACAUUAGACGAAUACUCCUUUGAAGCGGCGCAAUUAUUUAUCCUGCGUGUAAUUUACCUUCAGUAUACGUCUUUUGCCUCAAGAUGCUGGAGUACGCUUGGCGUUGCCCAGAGAGUUGCUUACGGGCUUGGACUUCAUAAAGAUGCCCCAGAGUCAACAAGCCAGCUGGAACGGGAGAUGAGACGUAGGGUAUGGCAUACUUCCCUUAUAAUGGACAGUAUAGCCUCGUACACGUUCGGAUGGCCUAUAGCGACGAGCAGAACAAAUUAUGUGCCCCUUCCACAAGCAAUCGACGACGAAUAUUUAUUAGAAGAAGGCGAAGGUCACCAACCGGCAAAUAAGCCUUCCAGGCUAGAGUUUUUCCGUAACUAUCUCCAGCUAUCCGAAGUUCCUCGCGAAAUUACAGAUAGCAUGCAUGCGUUGGGGCAGAACUCGAUUGAACAGGGCUCAACUACAUCUCUAACUCAUUAUGUCAGCGAAAUGCCAAAGUAUUGUCUGCAGUUGGAUGAAAUGUUAGACAACUUACCGAGCCAGCUCCAAGAGGUAAACCAGUCUGUUGUCGAAGAAGAAUGCUUCAGGGUCCAAAGCCUAGUUCUCAGUAUACGUUCGACUUAUGUCCGACUUUCCAUUCUUCGCCCCUGUCUUCUGGCAACUGUCGCGAACAGAACAAUACGUUCAGAGAUGCUGAAAGCUAAAAGCGGCAAUAGAAGCUUAGCUAUGGGGCUGCUUCACGAUAUCAAUAAGCUUUGCGUCUCCACGGCACGAACAGUUAUUAAUAGAGCGCACAAGAAUGCCCAUCUUAUGUACCAGGCCUCUACUUGGCAUACAUUACGAGUGACUUUUGGUUCGGCAACAGUCUUAUUAGCGGCUAGCCUACUUCCAGAAUUGCACGUUGACUUAGAUCAAGAGCCAGAUAAGACUAUAUGGGAGCAGACCAUUGCAAUCUUUGAACUCUAUAUGUCAUACGAUAUCUCUGCGCAGGGAGGACUUCAGGCAUUACGCGAGUAUCGGCAGAAAUUUGAAACGGCCAAGAAGCGUGAGGAGCCUUCAAAACCCGAACUGGGCUGUGCUGAUAUACCGCCAAUUUCUCAGGGCAAUACAAUGAUUGGCUUACCCCCUGAAAUUUCUACUGGGCUGGAUAAUAUAUUCCUUGGUGCUGGCGCCUCGGGUCCUGACGGAGAUCUUUCACAGGCAUUUUUCGAUUGGAAUUGGCUCGAUUUUGACAUUACGGAGGUAAUGAGACCAUAG